AUGGCUAUCGAGCUCCAUACGCUCGUUCAAGGCGAGCAACAAACACUCCAAAGCCCCACCGAAGCCCACGUCGUCUCGGAAAGGGAUGACCUACCGGACCUUGAGACCGUAUGCGACUCGGACGAGGAGGAGUGGGAUCUGGAAGGGGUGCUAGACAGCGCUGAGGUGCAAGAGAGUAGCGCCGCCGGGACUGCGACUAUAGACCGUCUUCACCUCAAUAGGAAAUCAACCACCCCCGCGUCUCCCAUGCUCUUGGGCUACAUAUCGUUCCCCUCGUCAGUCGGCCCCACUCUCCCCGACAUUGGGAUCGACACCACGCACGGGCAUGCAAACCUGCGCCCAUUGUACGGCCGCACAAUUGGCGCAGCACCCGCGGCGCACGGGACCGCAGGCGUCACGACCGUAGGCCCCGUACUUGCGGACAGGCAGCGCAUUCGACAGAUAUCAGACGAGAACGCGUGCGAUGCGGGAUGGAGAUCCCCCGUUGUGUGCGAUGGGUACUGCGGCCGCUACUCAGAGACAGGCGACUGGAACGACAGCGCUGCCGACGACCUGGCACAGGGGUAG